AUGGAGCGACGCGAUAUCGUCAGCAAGCCCACUGACCCAGAUGGGUUGAUUCUCGAAGCCUGGGCGCAGGGCUACAUGGUCGGCUCGCUCAUCAUCAUGGCCUGCAUCACCAUCUCAAACAUGCGCCGCGGUGUCCUUCUCCACAAGCUCAUUCUCAUCGAGCUCAUCCUGGGGACCUUCCACGGGACCUUCAUCUUCGCUCAUCCGCCCGUAUACAGCUGGUAUCUGUCGGUCACCGCGAUAUUCCUGAACAUCAGCUGGAGCAUGCACAACUUCAUCGCAUGGAUGAAGAACAAGCCGUUCCUGAGCCGGAAGGUCAGCUACUUCUACAUUGGCACGGUCAUCCUUGCGCAACCGUACUGGGUCGUGGAAAUCUACGCCAACUUCACUUACUUCAACAACAUCAACACCGUCUUCCUCAAGACGCGGCCUGUGGAGGCGCUCUUCCGCGACCCGUGGUGGAUAUUCACGGUUCUCAACCUCUUCUACGUAAUCCACACCCAGUACGACCUCGCCUUCAUCGAAAUAAUCCGCAUCAGCCCUCGCUUCGGCGUUCUCCUGGGCAGCAUGCUCCUGUCCGUCGCCUUCAUCAUCAUUGAUAUCCUCGCCGUCACCCACGUAUUCACCCUGGAAAAUCCCGAUGGCAUCAACCCCUUCUGGAAGCUGGCGUACAUCUUCAAAUGCCUGACUGACACCAUCGUUCUGGACGACUUCAAAACCGCGCUGGAUAAGCUGAGCCAGGUGAAGAGAGAGAUGAUCAGGAGUGAUGAUUUUGCGGGGUUCAAGAGAGAGGAUGAUCCGCUAGGAAGCCCGAAUAUCGAAGGGCCAAAUUCAGGAGCGGACGCGAAUGACCCGAGUGUGGGUGGGUCGGUGCACAAGAGCAGUGCGAGCCAUCUGGAUGAUAUGCAUCUUAAUGUUUACGACUUCCUGAACGAGUCGCCCAGGGAUCGCAAUAGAUCAAUGGGUUAA